AUGGGGAAACAGCACUCGAAUAGGGGUGCCCUCCUUACAUCCAACCUGCCGCAGCUGCAAAAUCUCAUAAAACGUGACCCACAAGCCUACCGCGAUGAAUUUCUCCAACAAUGGAAUCACUUUCAAAGUAUACAACGUAUAUGGAAGCUUCAGUCAGACAUGGCCGAUGAUAGCCAUCAUUUUCGUGAAUUGGUGAGCUUCAUCGCCCAGGUCGCUCAAUGUUAUCCUGAACAAACAAAGGAGUUUCCCAACGAGCUCGCCACGCUCCUCCGAGAUAAUUAUGCCGGUUUGACCCCUGAACUCCGUCGUUCAUUCAUGCAAAACCUCGUAAUGCUUCGUAACAAGGAGGUCAUUACCUCUUUAGACUUACUCCGAAACCUUUUCCCUCUCCUACCAAGAACAACUUCGUCCUCGCUUCGUUCAUUUAUCCGAACUACAAUUCUCACCGACAUCAAAACAGCAAACGCCCGGACAAAGAACCACAAACUUAAUCGAGCAGUUCAGGCCAUGUUGUUUGGAAUGGUCGAAAAGGACAUGGAUGCCGAAGUCCAAGGAGAUCGAGGAAAAAUACGAGGAUCUAGCCACCCAGAUACUUCAACGCCGUCAACAAAAGGUGUAGAGGCCCUUUGGGCUGUCCUACUCACGAAAGAACUCUGGAAGAAGGGGAUUUGGAAUGAUGCAAAAAGUGUUUCUAUCAUGGCUCUUGGUUGCUUCCAUCCAAUCGCCAAGGUCCAAAGUGCCUCGCUUCAUUUCUUCCUUGGCGAAGAGGAUGAGGAGGAAGAGAGCGACAGUGAAGAAGAGGGACCAGACAUCAAGGCUCUCCAACACCGAAGGGGGAUUAACAAGAAGACGAGGAGCGGAGACAAGAAACUCGCCAAAGCAGAGAAAAUAGCACGAAAGAAAAGAAAGGAAAAUAACCAAGAAGCUAUACCGAAUUUCCCUGCGAUUCAACUGCUCCACGAUCCACAAUCGUUCGGCGAGAAGCUCUACGACGGCCUACUACGAUAUGAUAAACGAUAUUCUUUGGACCACAAACUCCUAAUAAUGCAGCUCCUGAGUCGGGUUAUGGGUGGACACAAACUUUGCGUUCUCGGGUUCUACACCUAUGUUAUGAAGUACCUCACGUAUCAUCAAUUGAGGGUUCCUCUCAUCCUCGUCUCGCUGGCACAAUCUGUCCACGAUCUCACGCCUCCCGACGCAUUGGUCCCGGUGGUUCGAAAGAUAGCGCAAGAGUUUGUCCAUCCAGGGGUUGGGCCGGAAGUCAUCGCCGCUGGCAUCAACGCCAUACGAGAAAUUUGCAAGCGGCAACCUUGGUGCUUGAGUGAAGAAGAUGGAGGCCAAGAGCUCCUCGGAGAUCUUGUUGAGUAUAGGAAAAGUCGAGAUAAAGGCGUGGUCAUCGCUGCGAGGAGCCUGUUACAACUGUACCGAGAAGUCAACCCUGGACUUCUCAAGCGAAGGGAGAGGGGUAAAGGUGCUAGCAUGGGCAUGGCAGCUGGAGCACAACCGUUGCCCUAUGGCCACCAGCGCGCCACUACAGAUAUUGAUGGACUCGAUCUCUUAGAAAGCCACCUGAACAAAAUAAAGGGAGAGGAUGAUGGUGACGAGAGGAUGAGCGACGACGAAGCAGGUUGGGAAAACUGGGAUGUCGAAUCUGAUGACGAGUCGUCGGAGAGUGAGGGUGGAUGGAUGGAUGUCGACAGCGACGGCGAACAAGAGUUCGACCUCAGCGAUAGCGAGGACGAAGCUCCCAAGAACAUCCCGGAAGAACCAAAACAGGACGAGCCGAAACAACCGCCCACGCUGGCGACCACAAAAAUUUUGACGCCAGCUGACUUUGCGUUGCUGCAAGAACUUCGUAUCAAGGAAGCACAGCGAGCUGUCGAUUCAGGGGGCGGCUCUCACUCAAAGCGCAGGUUAGCUCAGCUGGAAGCGCACCGCAAGGCAACUGCGAUGACGACUGAAGACGACCCAUCAGCUGGUAUCGUUACAGAAGCGAAUAUUCUGGGUGUCAGGAAAAAGUCAAAGGCGACAUACGAGGAACGAAUGGCAUCCAUUGCCAAAGGACGUGAAGGACGAGAGAAGUUUGGGAGCUCCAAGGGCAAGAAGAAGAAGGCAGUGAUGAGUAGUUCAACCAAUAAGGAAAAGGGGCGAAACAAGCCGAUGAUGAUGGUACGGCAAAGCUCUGCAGUGCGGGCAAAGAAGAUGGCGAGCAUCAAGGAGAAGCAAAAAAGAGUUCGCGCGCAUAUCGAGCGAGCCAAGAAAUCGUAUCACUGA